UGCACAAUUCUUGAUUUAGCUGAGAUAAAGAGAUUUUAUAGAAAUAUACCUGUAGGCCUCUGAUUUUCUAAUAAAAUCAUCUUCUCGAAUUUUGACCUGAAACUUUGCUCAUAUCAAGAUUCCAACUAGAGUGGAUUGUAUGAAAAAUUUCAGAAGCUUCGGAUGUAUUAUCGCUAAGAUAUGCAUAUCAAUGUAUUCAUGCUUUGUACAAUGUCUAUGGAGAAGAGCCUAUAUUUUGAAAUAUGAAUAUCUCGGUGAUACUACGUUCAAAACUUCUGCAAUUUUCCAUACAAGCUACUGUAGGUGGGACCGAGAGCAUGGUAAAUUCUGAUUUCCAGGAAAUUCAAAAUUAACUACAUCUAAACUGCAGGAGAUUGCAACGAGCGGUAUUAAUGUGACAAUAUCCAAUGCUAAUUUUCAUAUAUAGAGGUAUAUUUUAUAUUGUUAUAUAUAUAUAACUGUUCUAAUACUACUUCAUAAAAAAACGUAUAUAUAAAAGAUGUCUAUUAUUUAUAUUUUUACUGAAUCACGGUACGCAUUUUUAUCUAUAUAUAUAUAUAAUGUUCACUGUCUGUCUGACGUCUUUGUGACCAGGUCAAAGGUCAAAUAAGGCUAUACGAGGAAGACUAUAAGUGCUGCCAUAUUGAGAUACCCAUAGGUCGUUAAGGACUAUUAUAUGAAGAUACUCAUAGGCCCUCAAGAGCUGUUAUAUGAGGGUACCCAUAGGUCUUUAAGGGCUAUAAGGGAUAGAGAAUAAGGGUAAAGGGAUAAGAGGCUAAGGUUACAGGGACAUAAGGGAUAAAACUAAAAGAGUAUAAGGAGAUAAGGAUAUAACGAAUAAGUAGAUGAGGCUGCAUAGAAUAUAAGGGAUAAAGGAAUAACGGAAUAAAGUUAUAAGAGAUAAUACCACAAGAGUAUAAGGCUACAAGGGUGUAAGACUUCAAGUAUAAUGCUAUACGGUCUCUCGAUAUAUGUAGUACGAGUUGUCUGAUUCUCUACUACCGAAUCAAGGCUAAAGAACAGAUGUGAAACUUUCCAGGAAAAAAGCGUCCGUGCAGUAUGCACGGACUCUCGCUAGUAUAUACAUAAUAUAUGGUUUGAUUUCGGAUUAGGUUGGCCCAAGUAAGAAUAUACUUGACCCAAUCCAAUUCUAACUUAGACUUCAACUUCAUUUCUAUAUUCUUCUUUUAAUUAGAAGAGUUUUCUAUGAUUAUUCUUAAAAGCAUUCGAUUAAAUUUCCUGGAAAUAGGAAUUUACCAUCACAUGCUGGAUGUUCUAUUAUGUCCAAACGUACAAAUUUUUUCAGUGAAAUCAUUAUCUCUUCAAGAGUUUUAUUCAUUUUGUUGCAUUGAUUUAUUCUAAUAAUAUUUAAUUUUUUAAAAUUUCUUUUCGAUAUAGGUAAUUGUCAAUGAUUUAGGUGAAGAUUCAGAAGCUCAUGCAGCUAAAUUAAUCGAAGUAAUAAUUCUUCAAUGUCAAGAUAAUAUGAGUGCUGCACUUCCAGCUAUAGUUCAAUUA